UUUCUGCACUUGAUAAUGGGAGCUCUUGGAAAUCAGUGGAGUGUAAAAUACAGCAAACUAAAUCUCUGUGCUAUAAAAGGAUCUACAGUGGUUAUGGAGGCCACUUACACACAUCCAACAGGUCUUACAGUGAAUAACAGGUUUUGGUUUAUAAACCCAGUUAAGGGUGUAGAACCGACUGAUCUGCGUAAUAAUCCAGGUUACUCAGGCAGAGUGGAGUAUUUAGGAGAUGAACAGAAUCACUUCUCCCUCAGACUGAGUGAUGUGAAGAAAUCAGAUGAACACAAGUACUGCUUCAGAUUCAACACAUCUGGAAAGGGAUACAUGGGUUAUCCUGGAAUUAUACUCAGAGUUACAGAUCUUCAGCUGAUCGCUCCUGCAGAAGUGACAGAGGGACAAUCAGUCAUUCUGACCUGUAAAACUACCUGCAGUCUGACUGAUCCAACAUUCAUCUGGUACAAAAACACACAUGAUUUAACUACAAACACCUUCAAGAGCAACAAACUCCACCUGCAGAGGGUCAGCAGUGAGGAUGCAGGCAGUUAUAACUGUGCUGUAAGAGGAUCUGAAAAUCUCCCAUCUCCUGCUCAAUACCUCAGUGUCAGAUAUCCUCCAAAGAACGUGUCCAUCAGUCUCUCUGGUGAGAUUGUGGAGGGCAGUAAAGUGAAUCUUACCUGCAGCUGUGAUGCAAACCCACCUGUGAAGACCUACACCUGGUUUAAUAAAUCAGCAUCAGUGGGAAAAGAAAAGACCUUCACCAUCUUUAAUAUCAGUUUGGAGGACAGUGGAGAGUACAAGUGCAUGUGCAGUAAUGAAGCCGGACAUCAGAACUCCACCAGUGUAACAUUGAAUGUUCUGUAUUCCCCAAAGAACAUCUCAGUGUCCAUCAGUUCCUCUGGUGAGAAAGUGGAGGGCAGUUCAGUGACUCUGACCUGCAGCAGUGACAGUAACCCACCUGUGGAGACCUACACCUGGUUUAAGGAGAAUGAAGCAUCACGUGUAGGUUCAGGACAGAGUUACAGAGCUCUACAGAGUGGACUGUACUACUGUGAGGUUCAGAAUAAACUCGGCUCUGAGAGAUCAGCUGCAGUGUCCAUCACUAUAACCAGUGGCUCUAUAAUUGUGUAUUUGGCUGUUGGACUUGGACUUUUUGGGCUUGGAGCUGUUCUCUCUACCCUCCUUUGGCUCAGAUGGUACAGACAGAAGAAAAAGGCAGAUUAAAGUUGAUCAUCAGAACAUUGGGUUGAGUGUUAAAGACGACACGUAUGCAGCUCUCGACCCUGCAGGCCGGAAAUCUGAUGAUAUUUAUCACACACUUGUUAGAUGCCAGCAAAGACUUUGAGGAACAUGAUGAAGAAAAGAAGUUCUGAAACAGCUGAUGAAUAGAGAGAACUCUUUACUGAAAUGAAAAACCUGAAUCGCUUCUUUACUCUCGCAACAUGAGCAACUUACAGCCAUUUAAAGCAGCUUUAAUUUAUUACAUUUAAUAGAAGUACAAAGUAUUUUUUCUGCUGUCUGCAGAUUAGAACUGUUUCAGUCUGCUGUAGAUUCUCAAUGAUAAAUACUUUAGUUCUGAAUGUAAAUAUUGCGUGUGCAUUUAUUAAUCCAUAAGUGUUUUAUUAUCACUCCCUAUGAUGUCAUGUGUUUUGUUAGCAACAAGCUAUCCAGCUAACAUUACUGAUAUUUAUCAUAUUAUCUUUCUCUAAAAUAUAAACUGUUUUACUCUUAAGCAUUAAAAUAUAUUAACUAAUUUCAA